GGUGGAAGAUCAGACGAGGACGAUCUGCUCUCGGUAGUGGUCCCCGCGGAGAUGCUCGAUGAUGCCUCCGCGGCCAGCUCAGCUGCAGGCAGGCUAAAGAGAUCAUGGCCAUGGAGAGACAAGCCCCGCCUUGGGCUACCCCCGCUGAUCUGGGGAAUGGGGUACAUAAGGGCCUCGCACUCCUCGCUUUGAUCUCCCUCAUCAUCUCGCUUCCCACUCUUACAUUCGCUUAACAUGCACCUCCCCGCUCUUGCCCUCUCCUCUCUCCUCCUCGCCUCUACCUCCGCCUACGCCAAGAUCACAAACUUGGUAACCUUCGGCGACUCCUACACCGACCAGUCCCGCCUCACAGCUUUCUAUACCAACGGCUCCAUUCCCGCGCACUACCAGGAAGUUUAUCCUCCUGGUGCCUACGCCGCGAACGGUGGCUCGACCUGGGUCAAGUAUGCUGAGGAGUUUGGGGGCCUCGAGACGUGGAAUUAUGCUGUGUCUGGAGCGAGUUGUUCGAAUUUGUUGACGCCGAGGCAUGAUUUGGGUGCGCCCAAGGCGACGAGUGGUGUGUUUCCGAGCGUGUCGGAGUAUGAGAUUUCGGCCUUUUUGACGGAUCAUUUGGUGAACACGACCUACGGCGGUUGGGCUCUCGACCUCGACCCUGAAGAGACGAUUUACUCGUUGUGGAUUGGGACGAACGAUUUGGGCGUCGACUCCCUCCUUACCGGGAACCAAAUCCCGGGCGUGACAUUGGUCAACACCACAGCAUGCGCCCUCAACGUCUUCCGCACCCUCUACCAAUACGGGGCCCGCAAAUUCCUCCUCAUGAACAUGAUUCCCCUCCAACUAACUCCCCUCUACUCCCGCGACGCCACCAACUCCCGCUACUGGAAAAACGAGUUCAACGCAACCUCCUGGAACAUCUUCAUGACCGAACUCGUUACCUCCGGAAACGAACUCUGGCGACUCGGUGCACCGGCGCUCGCGCACGAGUUGAAGGGAGCAGAGGUUGGGUUGUUUGAUUCGUAUGGGUUGUUUUGGGACAUGUAUCAUGAGCCGGAGGCUUAUGGGUUGGAUAAUGUUACGGGUUGGGUUGCGCAUUGUCCCGUCAGCGGAAGCGGAAACUGCUCGUAUGCUGUUAGCGACUACAAGACGAACGGGAACCAGGACAGGUUUUUGUGGUUUGAUGAGCUGCAUCCUUCGGAGCCGGCGGAGAAGAUUGUUGCGCGAGAGGUCGUGAAUGCAAUCAAGGGUAGCGGAAGGAUCACGACGUGGUUCUAAGUUAAUGCUUGGGAUGUCAACUGGUACGAUAGGAUGGACGUGUAGGAUAGUAUCGAUGCCACGCAGUGAACGUUCAUAAGGUAUAAAAAGCAAUAUCAUUAAAAGUAUCCAAGGUACCGGACACCGCCGGUAAAACGUUCUAGUCUGUCCUCGAAGCCCGCGAGUAGUCGUACAAUGCAUCCGAAUCCCCCUUAUUAAAGAAGUUCCCUCACCCUAACGUACAC